GUGGGGAUGCACGCUAUGCUGAUGUACAUUCCCUCUGCUGAAAUGCAGUGACAUGUUAGCUGCUGCCUGCAUACUAGGUCCAUUACGGUAUUCCACAGCUAGCGGUAGAGCAGAAGAGCUUGACGGAUGCAGAGAUAGAGAAGAGGGUGAGUACAGGGGAUGCACAGAUUGCUGCGAGUCCAGACUUUAGCAGCAGCCUCAUUUUCAAGCCACAGAACAUUUUGCCAUCCUCCUCCUCGUCAUGUUGAGGAAGGGCUCAGAGAUGCUUAAGGGAGACAGAGUGGUCCUCCUGGAUCUUAAUGAGGGAGAAGCACAAACCACAGACAGCUAUGGAAGUCUACAGAACGGGAGCUUCAUCCCACCGAGAUAUCUUUCAGCCGCAGCUGCUGAUGAAGAUAUGGAUGGUGAUGAUCCCAUGUAUGUUUACUGUAACACAAGAAGUAACCAGCCAGUUCCACAGCUAGGGAAUUACUUCAGAGAUGGAAGAACAAAAAUCGACUUUGUACUCGUAUGGGAGAUCCGCUCGCGGAGGAAACGUCGAGGGAAGGGCAAGAGUAAGGUGACAGGUGAGGAGGUGGAAGCAGCGCCCACUGAGGAGAACAGCAGGUCUGAACGACGGAAGGCACAGCUUGCUCUGUGGAGGGAGAAGUUUGUUCAGAAUCUGGAGAGUGCCGGAUUGCUCAUGGAAAAGGAGGAAACAGCAAAUGAAAAGAAAACAAUACAUUUUCUAAAACUUAGCGUUCCUUGGGACGUGUUGGUGUAUUACGCUGAGGAACUCUGUCUGAGAGCUCCAUUGCAGGCACAGCAAAGUCUGGACUUAAACACAUCUGCCCGUGUACUGAAAAAGCUAUGCAUACCUAACAUAAUGACAGACUCAGUGCCAAACAGGCCGCUGGAUUAUUACACAUGUGCCUUUCGCAAGUCAAAGAUGAGCCGGUUCCUUGGCUGUGAUGACCAUGAAACUUACUUCACCAAUACACAGAGACACCGUGUUGUGUAUGAGAUUCUUGCCAAGACAGUGUAUGGAAAAAGGAAGAGGGCUGAAGUUGGUGUGGACCGACUGGUCAAUGAAGGGGCGUACAAAGCAGCUUUCCCCCUGCACGAGGGCCCUUUUCAGCUUCCAAAGUUUGAGAUUCGUCCUGACGAACUGAAUCAGAGGCAGAUUAUUUACCACUACUGGGCCCGCUGGUGCAAAUGGUACAAGUACCAACCCCUGGACCACAUCAGGGAGUACUUUGGCGAGAAGAUUGCACUCUACUUUGCCUGGCUAGGUUUCUACACUGCCUGGCUGCUUCCAGCGGCAGUGGUUGGAACCCUUGUCUUUGUGUCUGGAGUCAUGUCCAUGGGUACAAACACACCAGCUAAGGACAUCUGUAACAGCGGAGCUAGUUAUCUGAUGUGUCCUCUCUGUAAUACAUGCAAGGCCUGGAAUAUGUCUGAUAUCUGCACAAUGGCCAAGUUGGGCUACUUAUUUGACCACCCAGGUACAGUACUCUUCAGUGUGUUCAUGUCCUUCUGGGCCGUAACCUUCUUGGAGUACUGGAAGCGCAAGAUGGCCACCCUGGCCCAUCACUGGGACUGCAUGGACUUCCAUGAAGAAGAGGAGCGUCCUCGUCCAGAGUUUGCAGCCAUGGCCCCAACUUUGGAGCCAAACCCAGUGACUGGCGUGAAAGAGCCCUACUUUCCAGAGAAGACCAGGUUUACCCGCAUGUUCACUGGCUCCAUGGUUAUCAUCAUGAUGCUGUGUGUGGUAAUGAUCUUCCUGGUGACGGUGGUCAUGUGCCGCGGUAUCAUCAGCUUGAUGAUGUUUCGUACUGGGAGCCCCAUCCUGCGUACAGAGGCUGGGACCAUAGCCAACAUCUCCAGCAGUAUUGUGAGUCUGGGCCUUAUCUUGUUGAUGGGGCAGGUCUACACUGCAUUAGCUGAGCAGCUCACUAAAUGGGAGAUGCACAGAACACAAACCCAGUAUGACAACGCCUUCAUCUUCAAGGUGUUCAUCUUCCAGUUUGUGAACUUCUACUCAUCCCCCUUCUAUGUGGCUUUUUUUAAAGGAAGGUUUGUGGGUUAUCCCACCAACUAUGGGACCUUGUUUGGGAUUAGAAAUGAAGAUUGUGGUCCCGGGGGUUGCCUUAUUGAACUGGCUGAGCAACUCUUCAUCAUCAUGGUGGGAAAGCAACUCAUCAACAACAUUCAGGAGUUCAUUAUCCCUAAAGUGAAGGCCUGGCGUCAGAAGAAAACUUUGGCCAAGGUGCUGGGUGAUAAGGCUUCCCAUGAGCCUCAGCGUUGGGAAGAAGACUACCAGCUGGUGGAGUGUGAAGGCCUGUUCGAAGAGUACCUGGAAAUGGUGCUUCAGUUUGGGUUCGUCACCAUCUUUGUGGCAGCGUUCCCCCUUGCUCCGCUCUUCGCCCUCCUCAACAACUGGGUGGAAAUCCGUCUGGACGCCCACAAGUUUGCGUGCGAGUACCGCCGGCCCGUAGCAGAGCGUGCCCAGAACAUCGGAGUCUGGUUCAACAUACUGGAAGCCCUGUCACACCUAUCAGUCAUCGCCAAUGCUUUCCUAAUAGCCUUCACAUCAGAUUUUCUACCUCGUCUGCUCUACCAGUACAAGUUUGAUCAUGAUCUCAAAGGAUACGUCAACUUCACCUUGGCUUAUGCCCCACUUAACUACACUGAGUACCCCAUGUGCAGAUAUAAAGCGUACAGAGACAACGAUGGAAACUACUCACUGUUCUACUGGGAGCUUCUUGCCGUCAGACUUGGUUUUAUCAUUGCUUUUGAGCAUGUGGUGUUCUUUGUGCUGCGAGCCAUCGACUGGAUUGUGCCGGAUGUCCCAGAAUCCCUGGAGCUGAAGAUCAAGAGGGAGCGCUACCUGGCCAAGCAGGCUCUGGCUGAAAACCAAGAGGCUCUGUUGGUGAGUCGAGGCCGAGGGGCCGCCCCUGCCACUCCGGGCACCUCCAGCCCAGCAAGCAACGCGUCCUUUGGAAACAUGAGAUAGGACUCCAGUGUGGAAAACGUUUGAGGGGAUGUGGCAGGAAUAAAAGACACUCCUUCACAUCUGGGAUAACAUGAGUGAACUCUUUCACCUAAAUGGAAUACUGUUUCUGCACUAGCAUUUUGUUUUCAUUUUACUAAUUUGCAUACUGCCUCACAGACAUUAUGAUAAGCAGGUGUGUAGUGGAGUCUAAACUUUUUCAUAUGGAGAACACAGUUCAUAUAUACAGUAUGUGAUGUAUAUAAUAGGAAAGCAGCCUCUUGGGCAAAAUGCUACACUCUCAAAGUUACAAUAUGACACGCAUAAUAUGAAGCCACAUCCAUGCCAGCACUGCAAUUAGUUGUGUUUCUAGUGUUCUAGUGGCUAACUACAGUCGCAGCAUGAAUUGUUCAUUCUAUCUGUUUUCAGAUUCGGUUCAGUGUAUUUAGAAUUUUACACAGGCAUGACACCUGUAGCAGUGUGCGUCGGACCCAACCAGAAAGUGUGGGCCCAAGACCUAAUAGUGUUACAUUGAUGUCAUAUAUUUUUAAUGACAUUAAAGACUAACCUAAUCCCCCCCUUAAAAAAAUCUUGUUUUUGCUGUCCUCCUGUAGU